CUGGCAGUAGUUCGAAUGAUAUAACCAUUAAAUCUACGAUCUUUGGUGAAGAUUUUUGCGUCUUAUUUAAUGAAUCUAAAAUGUCAGCAUUAAGUUUAAUGAAUAAAUUGAAGCCUCUAAUAUUUGGCAAUAAUCUGAGGAUCUUGGGGUCUUGCAAUCAGUUCUCAGUGCAGACCCACAGCCCAAUAAAUACGAGUCAAGUAAAGAAACCAAAAAAGCCCUUUAUACCUAGAAUCACCUUGAUUUCAGCAGAUAACAUUGCAAUCAGCACAUUGGAAGAUGCACAGAGAUUGGCGAAAAGGCGUGACUUGAAGCUGGUGAAAAUUCUAGAUUUGGAUACGAAGACACAGAGGCCAGUUUACAAAUUGAUGACUGGGACUGAGUAUCAUCAGGAGGAUCUCAAGCAGAGGGAAGCCAAGAAAAAUGAAAGAAUUAAUAGUAAUGCUCUGAGGGGUGAGAAACUUCUUAUACUCAACUCAACUAUUGCUGAGCAUGAUUUGAAUGUGCAUAUAAAUAAGAUCCUGAAAUGGGUUGAAAAGAGGUAUGAAGUCAGAGUUAUGAUUAAUGGGGAUAUGGAAAAGGCGGAUAAUAUUUAUAAGUUUAUUGAGAAUAAGGCGCAAGACGUGGGAAAGUUGCUGCAGAAACGGCAAAAGGGUAACGACAUGAAGUUCCAGAUAAUACCGCAGAAGAGGAACUCUAGCUCCGGGAACGAUGACCAUAAGAAGUCAUGACUAGCCGUUCCCGUCGUUACUCUGCUGUUAAUGAUAAAAUAUUCUAUAUUUUUUUCAAUUUACAGGAGAGAUUGAAGCAUAUAGAUUUUUGUUUGUUUUUUAAAUUUUAUGCAAAACAUAUGUUUAAGCACGUUGUUAUAAUCUUGCAUGAUUUCAAAUUGUUGAUUAGUUUCGUACCGUCUAUAAUAAAUACAAAGACUCUUA